ACAACAUCGGACCUGAGUGAGUGGUAUCAGAAGCGAGUCGUGGAGCCGACUCUAAAAUCGCUCGAGGAGUUCCAAGAGAGUGACAGCGGCUGGACCUUGACAUCCAUAACCAAUCUAACAGUGAACAUCAACAAGUAUAAUGCCUUACGUGCAGGAUGUCACGUUUCAUUGGUAAAAUGGAUACAGUUGAAAAGAGCGGUGGUGAAUGUGAAAUCGACGGAUAAUGCGUGUUUUGGAUGGGCAAUGACUGCUGCUCUUCAUCCGGUAGACCGAUACAGCGAUCGCACAUCUUCUUACCCGCAUUAUUCGACGAUAUUCGACUUCCGAGGCAUCAACUUCCCUAUGACGUUGGACCAGAUUGGGAGAUUUGAAAAGAUGAAUAAUCUCUCAAUCAACGUCUAUAGCGAGAACAAGGAAGUCAUUUUACCAGUCCGCGUGAACAAGGAGAAAAAAGAGCGCCACAUCAACUUGCUGUACAUUGAAGACGUGUCGGGAUGUGGAAUUGGACACUUUGCGUGGAUCAAGAAUUUAUCCCGACUAGUCAACUCUCAACUUAAUACUGAUGGGCACAAGAAAUAUAUCUGUGAUCGAUGCCUGCAUUACUUUUCAACCAUCGAAAAGCUACAGUCUCAUGAGGUUGAUUGCGGCGUACUCAACGAUUGUGCUGUUCGACUACCGGGCGAAAACGACAAAUGGCUGGAAUUCACGAACGCCAAUCGUAAGGAGCGUCUCCCGUUCGUGGUAUAUGCCGACCUCGAAUGUAUCCUGGAGAAGACCAACGCUGAUGAGAGGGAGAAAAAUAAGAGCCAACAUCAUCGUGUCUUCAGCGUUGGAUAUUAUGUCAAGUGCUCCUACGAUGAUUCGCUGUCGGGUUACCACGAACGAAGAGGUGAGGAUUGUGUGGAAUGGUUCGUAGAAGAACUUAAGCAAUUAGCUUUUCGGGUAGAAAAGAUUCUUCUUACGAGCGUUCCAAUGAAAGAAUUGUCUCCGCAAGAGUGGAGGGAAUUUCGGGAAGAAAAAGAAUUUCUACCGUUUUCCAGCAAGCGACACUGUAGAACAUUGUGCAACACCGUGCAACACAGUGUCGUAUGGUGCCCGUACUAUUUCCCUGUUGUUGGAACGCAUUGUGUAAAACAGUGUUGCUCUGUGACGCUUGCUGGAAAAUCUUCCUAA